AUGAAAUCGGUGGCCGGCAUCUCGAGUAUAUCUGGUGGAGCGGCUAGUUUUGCAUCGCAGUCGAUCUUCGUUCCCACCGAUAUCAUAUCCCAGUAUAUGAUGGUAUAUUACAAAGCGGAUAAGUUCAUUUCGGGAAAUGACAAGGCCGUAAUCGAAUACUUACGUAAUGAGAAAAAUCCACGCCUAACAUUAGGAUUACGUACCGUGAGAGCGAUAUACAAAAUUGAUGGCCUGAAAGGGUUUUUUCGCGGAUUUUGGGCGUCAAGUCUCGUUUACGUGCCAUCGUGUCUCGUUUUUUGGCCUACGUAUUAUUGGUGCCAGGACUUCUUCAAUUGGGUGCGUCGUCGAUCUUCUAGGGAGGGUCAAGGAACUCUGCUGUUGGACCAAGCAGUUGCAGCAACUUUGGGUGGCGCAUGUUCGACAAUAUGUACGAAUCCAAUGGAAAUGUUUCGAAUCAGACUGCAGGUGCACCGAAGCGAUUAUGUAGACACAUUGGCUAGAAUACUGAGAAACGAGAAGCAGCAUAUCUUCACCAAGGGUUUGGCUCCCAGAUUAAUCAGCAAUUCGAUAUACUCGUGUGUAGUCAUGGUGGGCUAUGAAGUCGUCAAGCGAUUCUGUGUUCUGCCUGAAUUUCAAGACAGGGUAAAAUGGUACUGCAUUUGGCUUUCCACCCUCAGCAUAAAGCCUCGAUAUACUUGUAUGGUGUACGGUGUUACCCUAUUCUAUGAUGAGAAUAUUCAGGACCGGCUUCUUGUGAUUCAAUGGGAGCACCUUAACCUUUGGCGUUUCUAUCCGCUUGCCCUUGCAAGUUCAUGGUCGAUACGAUGCUUCCUGUACCCGAUGUCUGUUGUCAAAAGUCGUUUACAACUGCAAAAGCAAAACAACAUGUACCGAGGUAUGCGGCACGCGUUCACUGAAAUUGUCAAGGUGGAAGGCGUUGGAGCGCUAUAUAGGGGCUUCUGGAUGACACUCCCGCAAAUAUCAGCUUCGUUUCUGUACUCGUCAACUUAUGAAAGAGUUCGAGAUCUUAUACAAGUUCACGUUGGGAUCACGAAUCCUUCACUUGUGUCUGCCUUAGCAGGAGGUAUUGCAUCACCAACUGCUCAGUUGGUGUUUGUACCGACAGAUAUCGUUGCUCAACAUAUGAUGGUGCAGAAUAAUCCGGAAGCCUUCGGAGGUAGUAGAAAAGCAUCCGCCGUUGCAAGUGCCAUAAGAAACGAUGGUUUGGAAAAGAGACUUACUCUAGGUUUACGUGUAGUACGUGCAGUUUACAGAGUGGAUGGCAUAGCUGGGUUUUAUCGUGGUUUCCUCUCUGCUGUGAUGCUCUAUAUUCCAUCAACUAUGGUGUUUUGGUCUACA